GCUCGGAGCACCAAUCCCUUCUUCGUUCGUCCCAUGCUUCUCAAGAUACCUCGGACUGCUCCGUGCCAUGACGGCAUAAGACCGCCAAUCUGCGGACCUCAUCAAUUGCCGUUAGGCGCCACCACGCCGGCGUUUUAACAUUCGGGCUGUAAACCGUCCGGAAGAGAUGGAGCGAUGGGGAAAACUACAUAAAAAUAUAUAUCAUAGGAACAUGAGUGAAAAGUAAAUUGCGUCAACUGCUCAAGAGCACAAAACAUCUUGGUUCGCCUCCAAACAUCAAAUUUCCAUCCACCUCAUUCUUGAAGGUCCAUCAGCAGCGGGUUUGUCCGCUGUUUACUUCCAGGGGUCUGAAUCCGUUGCUAGUUUCACCUUCUCCUCAACAAGCACCCUUGUUACCCAGCCUUAUCUUCCCUUUCUGAUUGUCUAUCUUUGAUUCAGCGGGUCCUCUUUCCCUCGGCUUUUUCACCCACCAUCCAAAGUCAACAAACACGACGGCAUGAGGAAAUGGCAUCUCCAAAUUACGCACAUUCAUAUCCGGGCGGCCGCAGCGGUCCAUUUCUCUGCCUGCAAGAGCCGCAACCACCGGCCCCCAAAGGACAUAGCGCGCUGGCAUCGCUCAUCAGAAACCGCCCUGGUAUAUCACUACCAAACCCUUUAAACCCUUUUCGUGACGAGGAGGAGGCUCUUGCAGGUCUUGGGGUGGAACGGAGAUUAGUGGAUGAUGAAUCUCCCCGCCGGGAUGAGCGGCGCAUGAGCGCUGUUCUCAACGGACCUCAUAUGCGCAGCAUGCGCCUGAUCGGAAACAGCAACCCUCGAUAUCGGUGGGAAAGAUAUUGGAAGACGGAAGACGAGCUGGCGACCAUGAAAAAGUCCAUCCGUGAAUACUAUGAGCGUUGCAACUACCUUGUCCAGCAGUAUCUGUACAUUGAUAAACUUCUGGAUUCAUCCUUGCCUCAUGACCUACUCAAUGAAUACAACGACCUUCCGCCAUGGGCUUUCCGUGGAGGUUUGGAGGCUCCUGUUGCCACGCCGCCAACCAGCGGUGCCGCUGCAGAGCCCGCCCCAACAUUCUCCAAGACUCGUAAGGUCAAACGGACGCCCAAGGACAUCUACCGGCCAACCGAGACCACACCUCUCUUCUGUGGUGAUGGCAACGCCGUCGACGACGAGGACAGUGACCAAGUUGCUAGCCAGGAGACCCGGCCUGAGAUCCCAUGGCUCGAGGAUGAUGAUGUCGACAGCUCCGCCUCCAUCGUUACCUUGGCUAUUUACAUCAACUUUGCUGCCAACGCUAUCCUCCUAGUCGGCAAGCUCGCGGUAGUCUUGACCGUCCCAUCCGUCUCAGUAUUGGCAAGUUUGGUGGACGCGAUUUUGGAUUUCCUGUCGACUGCCAUUGUGUGGAUCACUACCUGGCUGAUCAGCCGACAGGAUCAAUAUCGAUAUCCCAUUGGGCGAAGAAGACUGGAGCCGAUUGGGGUGCUUGUCUUCUCCGUUAUCAUGAUCACGUCGUUUGCUCAGGUCGCCCUCGAGGCUAUCCAACGUCUCAUGUCAAAUGACCGGGAGGUUAUUGAACUUGGUGUACCGGCCAUAGCCAUCAUGUUGAGUACCGUCGUCAUCAAGGGCAUGUGUUGGCUCUGGUGCCGUCUCAUCAAGAACUCCAGUGUCCAGGCCUUGGCCUCGGAUGCCAGCACCGAUGUCAUCUUCAACGCCGGCUCAAUCGCUUUCCCAUUAAUUGGCUACUACUGUCAAAUCUGGUGGCUCGAUGCGCUUGGAGGCUUGCUACUCUCCCUGGUGGUCAUCUUCAACUGGUCUCAAACAUCCGGGGAGCACAUCAGACACCUGACCGGCUUUUCCGCCACUGCUGAUCAACGCAAUAUCUUGCUCUACUUGACGAUGCGAUUCGCGAAGACUAUCAAACAGAUCCAGGGCUUGCAAGCCUACCACUCGGGAGACAAGCUUAACGUUGAAGUUGACAUUGUUUUGGAUGCCAGCACGUCACUUAAGGACAGUCAUGAUUUGGCGUAAGUAUACAUUCUUCAAAUCCCUGCGCAUUGGUUAGAACAUGUCAUUUGAUGAAAAACGAGUUGACCUACGGGAUACAGUGAAAGCCUCCAAUACGUCAUAGAAUCUGUCCCAAUUGUCGAUAGAGCGUUUGUCCACGUCGACUAUGCUAGUUAUAACCUCCCCACUCAUAUGGAACAGCAACACAACAUAUAAGCUCGGCGCAGUGAGCAUGUUAGGCUCACCGGAGUUUACCGAGGUGCGCCUUGUGUUCUCAUCUCACACGUAGGCAAGCCCGGUUGAUUCAUUAUUGAGGUUGGAUGGUGCCACCAUACAAGGUCAGCGAGACUCCCGGCAUUGUCAGAGCCUCGGCUGGCCCGAGUCUUGACCAGUCCAGUUUUCUGGCUCGAGGAUGUUGGUACGUCUCGGAAGUUUGUAAAGAUCCAGGACCGCCGGUCGCGGGCUGUCAGAAAUCACAUACGUUAGCUUGGCAACCUUACCUCCGCACAAGGGCGGACUUACGCCUUCAGCAGGCGAUAGUCGACUGCUUCGAACGCUGGCUGGUUGAUCAGGUAACAAGGCUGUUCGAAAGAGAGGAAGUAACCAGCGUGCCUGGCUUACAAGAUGAUGGCUACACAUCAGGCACACCAAUGUUCAAGAAUCAAUACAAUCACGGUUCAAUUUUGGUGGGCAAAAUCAUCGGCCCUCAGCUCGAGUCGAGACCAAAUCAUGACCGGAGAUGGGCGAUGACGAAAGAAUAAAAAACUGUACAUUACGGAACUGUCGUGCAGGUACUAUAGAACUGGACGAGCAUUAUGUGGAAAUUGUAACAGAUGGCCUGAGGAG